ACUCUCUCACCAUCUCUAGUCUCACACAAUCCUGAACCACCAUUUUGGUGAGAUCUCAAUUCUUCAUUUUUCUGUUUGUCCCGUUUCUCUCUCUCUCUCCUCAUUCAAUUCACCUUCUUCCCUUAAUUUACCUGUUUGGACGAAGAUAGAAACAUCACCUGAGGCAGCUAGCUAGCCAACGAAAACAAUCGAUACAUUGUAAAGAUGACGCGACAAAAUAUGUUUGCGUGCUUCCGCGGCAGACGCCACGUCGGAGGAGAGUCCAACCCGGACGAAUCGAGGUCAAUGGACGCGAGGACCACCACCGUGGAUGAUGAUACGGUGGAGGAGCGGAGGAGGAGGGGAGGGGCGGUGGUGGUGGAACUGUUCUCGUCGCAGGGAUGCGCAACGUCUCCGGAGGCAGAGCUGGUGGUGUCGAGGAUCGGGAAAGGUAAUAGUACUACUACUACGACUGAUAAUGAGGCGGAAAGGGCGCCGGCGGUGAUCGUGCUGUCGUUCCACGUAGAUUAUUGGGAUUACACGGGUUGGAAGGAUCCGUUCGGAUCGAGCCAAUGGACGGUGAGGCAAAAGGCGUACGUGGAAAGCUUCAAUCUGGACACCAUGUUUACGCCUCAGGUUGUGAUUCAGGGAAAGGCCCAGUGCGUUGGGAAUGACGAGGAGGGUCUGCUCUCCUGCAUCGCCUCCGCACCUCGAUUCCCUCCUCCAUCCUUUAAGGCAACAUUCGAGAGGACAUCAGCAGAUUCCCUGCAAGUCUCUCUGUCAGGGGCAUUAUUAAGGUCGAAAGUGGAGAGCAAUGGAGGAGGAAAUGUGGGGGUAGUCGUCGACAUUCUCGUGGCUCUGUACGAGAAUGGGCUGGUAACCAACUGCUCAAGCGGGGCAAAUGAGGGGAAGAUCCUUCCCGCUGACUUUGUGGUUAGGGGACUCCAGAAGCUCUGUUCGGUCAAGGACAUCUCCCCAAAGAAGACGCUCACGGCCGGAAGUAUAACUUUCAAGCUUUGGGAAGGCUUCAAAAGCAUCAAAUGUGGCCUGGCUCUCUUCGUUCAGAAUCAACACCACCACCAGAUCAUGGGUGCAAUCACUUUUAAGCUUCCCGAUGACCUCUAGUACCUAGCUUGCUUUUUUUUUUUUUUUUUUUUUUUUUUUUUUUUGUUAAUUUGUUUUGCUAAUUGCUUCUUUAGAUAAUUUGCUUGUUUCAAUACAUUUACUACUU